AGUGGUAAAAUCUUUGACUUUAGCUUGGUGUGGUGUGUUGUUAUACGGAAGCCGAAUAUACACAAAAAUAUACUUGUUAGUAGAAGUUACAUUGGUGACUUUUAGCAGACCAAUGUUGACAAUUAACCGUCGAGUAACAUCGUUCACGAGAGGCAAACAUUUAAGCUCUGUCGAACUCUUCUCUGGGUUUAUCUGGACAACCUAAUGAACGAACUGAAGUCUUCUAACACUUCUCAGGUUCACUCAGCCCAGGCAGUCAUCAAUGGGAGUGGACAUGGGCAGAAGACUGCACCCAGCCUGGUUGCACUCGACACUGAGUUUACACCAACUGUGGAGAUGAUGGUGGAUGAUUAUGAUGAUGAAAGAACACUUGAUGAAGAAGAAGCAUUAGAAGCAACAGAGGAUCCAGCCACAGAACUAUCCACACUACAAAGAGAGGGUGACAUGCCCCUUGAAGAGCUCUUGGCAAUGUACGGUUAUGGAGAACGUGAUGCAGAGGGUGGUGCAGGGACAGAGGUGGAAUGCAGUGUUGGAGGAGGAAGUAGUGCAGCUAGUAGUAGCAGUUCAGAGGAAGGGGGUGCCUCGUCAUCAGGACUUCGACAGUUAUACACACCCAAUCUGCAGCCACAAUGUGGUGGAGGUGGUGGUGCUGUGGGAAUAGGCAGUGGUGGGUCUGGUGCUGCCGGUGGCCCUGCACCAGAUGAUGACUGUGAUUAUAACCCUCAAGAAGAUGAGGACUGGCGAAAGACAAUCAUGGUUGGUUCUGACUACCAGGCAGGUAUUCCUGAGGGCUUGUGCAAGUAUGAUGAUGCCUUGCCAUAUGAAAAUGAAGAUAAACUACUCUGGGAGCCAAAUGCACUGAAGGAAUCAGAGGUGGAAGAUUUCCUGGUACGUGCCCAAGAGCCUUCCCUGGGUGCAGGAGUGAGUGCUAUCCCAACAGGAGCACAUACCCGUGAUGAUGAACAAGCCCUGUAUCUACUGCUGCAAUGUGGUUAUAAUGUAGAGGAGGCCUUGCGAAGACGGCGUAUGAAUGCUCUCCCACCUGCUGAUACCAUGAGCUUGUGGUCAGAAGAAGAAUGCCGUAAUUUUGAAAAUGGGCUGCGCACAUAUGGGAAGGAUUUUCAUCUCAUUCAGCAAAAUAAGGUUCGAACGAGAUCAGUGGGUGAACUUGUGCAGUUCUACUACCUUUGGAAGAAAACUGAGCGCCAUGACAUAUUUGCCAACAAGGCUCGGUUGGAGAAGAAAAAAUACACACUACAUCCUGGCAUCACUGACUACAUGGAUCGCUUUUUGGAAGAGCAGGAGGGACACCGUGACCGUAGCUCGUCACCAAACAUUAAUUGUUUAAUUUACGGUGAUCCCAAACGUCGUGGUAGUGGGGGUACUGGUGCCAGUAGCGCUACAGAUGGCCAGACGGACAGUGCAGGACAGGACAGUACUGGCCAAACUUCUGUCACAGCUGGAAUUGCAGUGGAAAGCAGUGGUCUUGCUGGAGAGACUGGUGCGCGACAGGACACGACAGUAGCAUAAAAAAGAAAAGGAUCUUGUAAUUAUAUUUCACAAUCAUAGACUAACGAAACUGUAUCAUCAUUGCACUGUUGUCCCUCCAGUGCACUUUGGUUCCUCAGUUCACAGGAAACUGUAUUUAACUUAUGAAGUUUUACAUCUUCAAGGUAUUUCGCGUUUCACCAGCAUUUGCGUGACGUUUCUUUGAACUCGAAAAACUUAUGAUGGUGGUCUAUUACUUUGUGUUGUAGUCUUUUUAAUGGACCUGUCACUGGCACAGGCCAGCAUCAGAGAACUUUCUCAGUCCUUUCAUCUUUAAUUGCUUAAUUUCCUCCUCCACAUUGAGACAAUGAAAUUGGUUCAAUAGAUUGACAUGGGUGAUAAAUUAGUCAACUAAAGCAUUAUAUAUAAUUGGCUUGCAUAUAAAAAGCAAUGAUCUUGAGUGCUUUACCAAUUCCCAGGUUCUGUAGUUUCAUAUUUUGUUCUUGUUCCUGAAAUGUGUGAAAUUCUGGAAAUAUAUAUAUUUUGCUUUUUAUAUGCUGUGAACUUGUGCUAACAUGUAAUUUGAAAUUCUUAGGUUUCUUAAAAAUAAAUAUGUAAACACAUCUUGUACUCUGUGUGUGUGUGUGUGUGUGUGUGUGUGAGUGAGUGAGUGAGAGAGAGAUAACUUUUUAAAGUUAUAAACAAUGCCAGUAGUGUUGUAUAUAAUUGAGAUGUCCUAUAUGGAACAUGAUAUAUGAAUUUGAUUGUGUAUCAUUCACUUGUUCCUUGCUUUAUAUUGUAAUAGUCUUGUAGUUUCCCCUUACUAAAGCACUUGACUCUGCCCCUUCCUCCAUUAAAAUGUUUUGUUGGUUAUACCUGUUGCUGUUUCAUUGUUACUAUAAUGUCUGUAUUUAAUAUGUAUGUAUGUAUUUAUUUAAAGCGUUAAGUGAGGCAUCAUAUUAUUGACAUGGGUUCUAAUAUAUAAAAUUAGUUUGGGAUUAGUUAUUUGCUACUAUUAGUUGCAAAAUGCCAAACAAGCAGUAAGUAUCUGGAAAGCAGAAUUUUGCUUUUUCCCCCCCUAUAGUAUUCCCUAUUAGACUGUGAUAGAGAUCAACUGUGCAACCAUCUGACUGCCAGUCGUAGAAUAGUGCUGUGCUAAAAUAUUAUUUCCUUUUCUAGAUUUUCAAUUUUUUUAACUUUAUGUUCUGCUGAUAAGUAUACAUAUUUUUAAAAUAAAAGUUCGGUUUGUAAAAUAAAAGAAACUGCAUAGUUCUCUUCAGGUAACAAGAGUUUAUUAGAAGGACAAAAUCUGCUGCUGCUAUUACUUUGGAAAUGCCAGUGACAGGUUUUAUGUUAGGACUGUAGAAGUUUUACCAUUUAAACAAUCAUUUGAAUUUAUCCAUGUAUAUACAUAAUAUAUUUUUAUACAGUAUGUUAGAGUAAUACCUGUUUUAAAUACAUUGUAACUAAUUUUAGACAAAAGAGUGUAUAUCGUAUGGGCUGACAUGCAGUUGUUAUUUCCCAUAUAAAUCAUUGUGUUGCGGCAAAUGCUUGGGAAUCCUAAAAUAUUACAAUUUUUACUAGGUCAUGUUUAAAUAGUUAGUACGUAAGUGAUGGGAUUUGCAUUUCCUGUAGAAUCCAAUUUUAUGUAGGUUUGAUGUGAUGUGAGAAUGAUGUGAAGAAACAGAAACAUUAUUUUUUAUACCUGUAUCCACUGGAUAUGGUAUUUUAAUAAGCUUUUUUUGCAUAAUUGAACUGGCAAUGAAAUGAUAUAUUUUGAAUUAUAGUCCUCAUUUGAACUCCACAUCCAUUAUAUUUUCCAUUAAUUUGCUGUACAUUAUUACACUUCAUGGAAGCUUCAUAUGGUCUUUGAAAUACAUUAUGAAUAUUUUUUACGUUUUUACUGUAUGUAAGGGAAGGCAUGAUCAACAAAAACCACUGGAAUUUUCAUGAAAUAUCUAAAUUUAUAAAAAAAAAUGAACUGAACUGAUUGAAGAGCAUUCUUUGAAUAGCAAAUGAAAAAAAGGUCUGUUGUUUGUUAAAAUGUAGUUUGCUUUUUUUUUCCCCAGCCUUAAAACAUUCUUAUGUCAUAAAUGCAAAAGAGCAGAUACACUUAAAUAUUAACAUCAUUUCUGCAAGAUGAACAUACAGUUUGUACAAGAAAAUGUCUCUGCAAUUGUCUGUUGUAUUCUAAUGAAAUAAUAGCAGAGGUACAUUCCCAUGCUUGGUCAGUUUUCUUCUUGUGGCAAUGAUGUUGCUAAUUUGAUUAAUGCAGCCUUUGUUAACUUACCUGGAACUGAGCCAAAUGGCACAGUAACUGGAAUCAAAUCCUCCCCGUCCAACCAUCCUGAUUUAGGUUUUAAGUGGUUUCUAUAAAUUGCCUUAAGGGCUCCUCUGAAAAUGACAGGGCUAACAUUCUCCACCAAUCCAAGCUUAUGUUUCACCUGUUGUGAUGUCUUCAGGAAUGGAUGAUUAAGCCUUAAUCUUCCUUCUUCCUUUAUGACUUUUACAAUUAGUACUUCAGGUCAAUAGGUGAAACAAGUCUUGAGAAAAUAAUAGAGUACAACCCAAUGUACCUGUGGUUUUGCCAUUUGCAUAAAAUGUUCUUGAAAGAUACAGUUUUAUUUUGUGACACAAAAAGUGAAUCCCAACAGAGAAAAAAAUCAAAAUUUCACUCUGCGUUAGUUCGGUUGAGGCUCUUCCCUAUAUUCAUAGUUCAGUAACUGAAGGAGGCAGUGAUAUUAUGGAAGUUGUUAAUUAAAAUCCAACAGGAGACAAUGCUGCAUAAGAAAAUUAUGGUUUCACAAAUACUCUAUUGCUGUUUCUCAAUUAUUCCACAGCAACUGUUAUAUGCUAUCCAGAAUUAUUUCAGAGACAGAA